AUGUCCACCCCAGCCCAGUCUGGACCGCUCUCUCCAGAGCUCCAGGCCAGUGUGGCGUCCAGUUUGGAUGCGACGUUUUACAUUGCGAUCGCGUCGCUCGUCAUCUGGUUCUGGGACUUGCUCCUCAAUCUCAAUGUCGAGAUCUCCGUCAUUUGGCUGCGCAAGGGCGCCAUCGCCAAAACGUUGUAUGGAGUGAUUCGCUAUAUCCCUGCCCUCGUCCUCAUACCCAAUGUUUGGUGUUUGUCCCCCGUCCUGGAAGCCAUUAAUACACGAGAUUGA